AUGCAUCUGGGCCGCCGGCUCUUCGCCACGAGCUUCGCCACCCUCGCCACGUUUCCGACGCCCGGCUCGACCGCCGCAUCGAUGACGGGAGCGAGCCGAGUGAUUGACUCUGCCAUCCACCUCUGGUCCGACGGCGAGGCGCCCUUUCCUUGGGCAAGCCCGCCGCCGGCCGAACUGCGCUCCGCAGGAUCACCCGAGGCGUUCCUCGCCGCCGCCAGGGAGGCGGGCGUCGGCGGCGCUCUCGUCGUGCAGCCCGCAAACCACAUGCACGACCACAGCUACGUUAGCGAGGCGCUCAAGGCGCACCCGACCUUUUUCCGCGGCAUGGGCUUGGCGAACCCGACGUUGCCGCCAGAGGAGGCGAUCGCCGCGCUCGAGGCGCUGCACACGGCCGGCUUCGUGGGCGUGCGGUUCAAUGCCGGCGCCUUCGAGGGCGGCCUCUGCUCAGAUGUCGGCAGGGCGCUCUACCAGCGCGCCGGCGAGCUCGGCAUGCCCGUCGGCGUGAUGGCCUUCAAGGGCCUCGCGGGCUUCGUGCCCGACCUGAAGCGGCUGUGCAGCGAGUUCCCGUCGACGACGCUGGUCGUGGACCACAUGGGCUUCUUCCGGCAGCCCGCGAGCGGUGGGCAGCUCGGCGACGCUGCCGCCAACGACGAGGCCAGCUGGCAAGGUCUCCUCGACCUGGCCGCCUACCCGCAGGUCUUCGUCAAGGUGUCGGCGCUCUUCCGCGCGUCGGGCGAGGCGCCGCCCUUCGUCGACCUGCAGCCGCGCGUCAGGCAGCUGCUCAAUUCCUACGGAUCCUCGCGCCUCAUGUGGGGCUCCGACUACCCGUUCGUGCUGCCGGGCGGCUUCCCGCUUCCCGAGGGCGUGAGCAGCACGCCCGCCGCCCUCACGUACGCCCAAGCGGCGGCCGUGCCGGCGCAGUGGUCCUCGGUGCCCGGCCUCGACGACGCGGCGCGCGCCGCGCUGAUGGGCGGCACCGCCGCGAAGCUCUUUGGCUUUGGGGGCGACAAGGAGUGCGCCGGCCGGGGUGGCUAG